UUCAAAACACAACUCCAGAUUGAUCCUGCGAAAAAUACUCGGAUACUAAGUCUUUAGCCUCAGAGAUUUCAGACUCAGAAUCAAGACCAACGGCUGCCUAUUAAAGAGAAGAAUCAAGUUUUUAAUUUCAACCACAAUGAGAGAGAUCGUGCACCUACAAGUUGGCCAGUGUGGAAACCAGAUCGGAGCCAAGUUCUGGGAGGUGAUAAGUGAWGAACACMGCAUCGACCCAAGUGGGACUUACCAUGGAGACAGCCAAAAUCAGCUGGAGCGAAUCAACGUCUACUACAACGAGGCUACAGGUGGGAAGUAUGUCCCUCGUGCAGUGCUGGUGGACUUGGAGCCAGGAACAAUGGACUCRGUGAGGUCUAGURKUUUUGGCCAGAUCUUUAGACCAGACAACUUUGUCUUUGGCCAKAGUGGAGCAGGUAAUAACUGGGCUAAAGGCCACUACACUGAGGGAGCCGAGAUGGUGGACUCUGUCCUGGAUGUGACGAGGAAGGAGGCAGAGAGUUGUGACUGCCUCCAGGGCUUCCAGCUCACACACUCCCUGGGUGGAGGCACCGGCUCUGGCCUGGGRACGCUGCUUAUCAGCAAAAUCCGAGAGGAGUAUCCUGACCGCAUCAUGAACACUUUCAGCGUGGUCCCCUCACCCAAGGUGUCAGACACAGUGGUGGAGCCCUACAAUGCCACCCUGUCUGUCCACCAGCUGGUCGAGAACACAGAUGAGACCUUCUGCAUUGAUAAUGAGGCCCUGUAUGACAUCUGCUUCCGUACACUGAAACUCACUACACCCACCUAUGGUGACCUCAACCACCUUGUCUCKUCCACCAUGAGCGGGGUGACCACCUGUCUGCGCUUUCCCGGUCAGCUCAAUGCAGAUCUGAGGAAACUGGCUGUCAACAUGGUGCCCUUCCCCAGGCUGCACUUCUUCAUGCCAGGCUUUGCCCCCCUGACCAGUCGGSGCAGCCAGCAGUACAGGUCACUGACAGUUGCUGAACUCACCCAGCAGAUGUUUGACGCCAAAAACAUGAUGGCUGCUUGCGACCCACGCCACGGGCGCUAUCUUACUGUCGCCGCCAUCUUUCGGGGCCGCAUGUCCAUGAAAGAGGUGGAGGAGCAGAUGUUGAAUGUGCAGAACAAGAACAGCASCUUCUUCGUGGAGUGGAUCCCCAACAACGUCAAGACGGCCGUCUGCAACAUCCCUCCCCGCGGCCUCAACAUGUCCUCCACUUUCAUUGGCAACACCACAGCAAUCCAGGAGAUGUUCAAGCGCGUCUCAGAGCAGUUCACUUCCAUGUUCCGCCGCAAGGCUUUCCUCCACUGGUUCACUGGUGAAGGUAUGGAUGAGAUGGAGUUCACAGAGGCUGAGAGCAACAUGAACGACCUGGUGUCGGAGUACCAGCAGUACCAGGACGCCACUGUUGAAGACGAGAGCGAGUCUGAGAAUGGAGACAAGGAGGAAUUCUUCUAAACAACAGCCAUGACCUGUUCCAGGCUCCCUGCUACUUCAUCCAUGUCUGUAAGAAGACAGCCUGAGAGCCCUGCCAACCAAAAACACACACGCACACACACACGGAAACACAUGCACGCUGGUAGAAGUAAUAAAGCUUUCCACCUCCUGUAAGUCCCAACAUGCACUUACAGUAAAAAUUAGUUUAAUAGGUCAUCAUCUUAUAGUUCUUGAAAAGGAAACAGUUCUUUUGUCCUGUCCUUAGUCCGGUUUUGUUCUUCCAGAGGUUUCUCCCUGUUAAUGAGGGAGUUUUUCCUCUCCACA